AUGGCGACCGAAGAUCAGGGCCUCCGAAAGCGCAUUCCUCUGUCCUCACCCGCAGACGAGUCGAACCUGGGUCCAGGCAGUGGCAGCAACCCUGCCAGGGAAAAACCGCAUCCGGCGGGCGAAGUCAAAUACAAUGUCCUGAACCAAGUAAUUCGGGCACUCCUGCUGUUGACCUGGUUCAAUUGUGGUGCAGUCUGCAUCAAUGUCACUCAGUUUCUUGGAGCACCGCUGUAUUGGUGGAACAAAGACUACUAUUAUGCAUACAUGGCGUUGACAAAACAGUCGUUUGCUAUCAUGACGAUUGCAAUGACACGGUGGUUCUCCCCAACCAAAGUCCGCGUGAGUUGGGACAAAGAUCUACGAGGGCAGUUCCGCAAAACAUCCGCUGGGAGGCUGGAGACGGUGUUCCCAGAGCGGCUGGUGUAUAUUGCCAAUCAUCAAGUGUACACCGAGUGGUUAUAUCUCUGGUGGUUUGCCUACACUAGUAGGAUGCAUGGGCACAUCUUCAUCAUCCUUAAAGAGUCACUGAAGUACGUGCCUGUCCUGGGUCCUGGCAUGAUGUUUUACGGAUUCAUCUUCAUGGCACGCAAGUGGAUUUCGGAUAAGCCUCGCCUGAAGCAUCGACUCGAAAAGCUCAAGACCCGACACAGUGGUCCCAUGUCUGGCUCGGACGGACUGGACCCCAUGUGGUUGUUGAUCUUUCCAGAAGGCACCAAUCUCUCACAGAAUACGAAGAAGGGAAGUGCCAAGUGGGCUGAUAAACAAGGUAUACCUGACAUGAAGCACCAACUUCUACCCCGGAGCACGGGUCUGUUCUUCUGUCUCCAGGAAUUGAAGGGUACCAUGAAUUGGGUCUAUGACUGCACGAUUGCUUAUGAAGGCUCACCAAAAGGAGCUUUCCCCCCGGAUUUCUUCACGAUUCGGUCCACUUAUCUACAGGGUCGACCACCAAAGUGUGUCAACAUGUACUGGCGUCGGUUCGCCAUGUCUUCGAUCCCUCUUUCAGAUCCCAAGGAGUUUGAGCUCUGGCUGAUUGAACGUUGGCGAGAAAAGGACGAGAUGCUGGAGCAAUGGUACAACACCGGUCGCUUUCCCUCGGACGUGGAAUCUGCCGAUGCUAAGCACGGAGUGUCCGAGGAUGGCUUCAUUGAAACAGAAAUGACCCUCAACAACUGGAUGGAAAUUGGCCAGAUUUAUGUGGUCUUGGCAGCGGCUGCACUUGUGAUCAACGUGGUGGUCAAGUCUUUCGGUAUGUUUCUGAAGCUGAAAUGA